AUGCCAGCCAACGAGAAUCGUCUCGGCCGCCGUGCGCCGGCCCUCAACCCCAGCUCGGCCAAUUUCCAUGAGGAGGACCUCGACGAGAAUGACGUGUGCGACCUGCUCGAGUGGCUGCUGAGGGAGAAGAAGGGAGCCAUCGCCCGUGUGGAGAGGCUCGGCGUUCGUAGGAUCUCGCGGGCCAGCUUGUUGGCCUUUUCGCCGAGUAGGAACUUUACCGGCACGCUGGUUGAAUGGAAUCAUGGCGGUCGACGGGAUGCAGUCAUGAAGAGGCCCCAGGGCGAGCGGCGGCGGAGGUUUCUUCCGAACCCAGGCGAGAGGAUCAAGAAGCGCAAGUCUGGUGAUGAGGAGAGUGACGGCGAGCUGUCUGAUGGUGACAUCAUCGACCUCAACCCCUUUUACCCGGAGCCUACAGAGAAACCAGGCUUGUCACUGGACAAGAACGUCGACGGAAACAAGCCCACGGUGAUUGCACCCAAUGAAGGCUCCAGCAAUAACUCUAUUGCCACAUUUGCGAGCACACUUCCAGAAUUGCAACGUCGGGAUACUGCUGGAUAUCCGCUGACGGCACAAACCAAGGUCCAUACCAGUCACGGACAGCAACAAGAUCAUGCUCUUCAGGCCCCAUCUUUCCACAUUGAUCCUGAAAGCGGCAUGGCUGAGGUGGUUCAGCAGAAAGUGGAGUGCAUCGAGGCUAGCACAAACGCCAUUGAACAGCCGCAGCUCCAAGGGGCUGUAUGCUCCACGCCUGCCUAUCCCGUCGACAACCGCCUCAUUCAGCCUGCUGCGGCUCCAGCCGCCGCUCCGGUCUCCAUGAAAACGAAACACCCCUUCUCUACUUUUGAGACAUUACAGAAUGGCAGCCAGCAAGCCGUCACUCAUAAUAUCUCUAAUGAUGGUGGUGCUUUUGGCAAUGCGAACGGCGCUUUCACCAUGGCCAGCUACGACGCAUACCCCCACAACGGUCUGACAGGCAUCGGUCUCGAGGAAAAAGCGUAUGUCGAGACACGGCCGGCACCGAACCCUAGCGGCACCGCUUACUACGCAGCAUCAUCCCCAUACGCGCUUGCUGCAGCGACACGACCGCAUGCCCAGGCAUCGGUAGCCUCGUUCGUCGGUGGCAUGGACGGCAGCGUCGACAGCAUCCACCUGCAGCACAGAAACCUCGCAAUGCCUCCCGCGGAAGAUUUCUUCCACACUAGCUUUGACGAUCUCGUCGUGUGGGACGGCAAUGUCUGA